AUGCACGUCAGCCUCACCCACAUCUACCCAGCCUUGCAUCCAAACCGACGGCCCUCAGCACCUGUCGUCCCCGCACACGAAGCCCGCCGCCCACCAGCGACUGCAGCACGGCGAGCCCCGGCCGCUGGCAAGACAAUACGCCGCAUCGCCGCAGGCCCCGAGCGAUACCUAGCCACUGCACUGCUCUGCACGGCGUGCGUCGCUCCAGCUCCACCGCGGCUCUGGUUCGCAUCGCAAGCGACCGAAAAGCAAACCUCGCCUCCGACCCCACCGUGCUAUCGAUUCCUGCCUACCGACUGUGCUGUGCUGUGCGCAUCCCGCCGCGUCGCCUCACCGCCGCGAACCCCCCCCCUCGUCUCCUGCCAGCCCUCGUCCCACUCCAGAGCACCCGCAGCGCGCUCCGUUGGCAGUCCCACCCGGCGCCGCCGCGCUCCGGGUGCCAGUUCACGCACCCCCACUGCACCACGUCACGGACACUGUGAUGCGCGCGCGCUCGUGCUCGUGGCGACGUGGAGCCGGCGCAAGCGCGGUGCUCGCAGGCCGCGCUGGUCGCACGCCGCGCGGAUCGCGGUGCGCUGUGUUUGUUGUGAUGUGCGCCGACCAGACGCCCUUGUCUGUGCCUGUGCGUGGCUGAGAUCGAUCGCCGGGGGAUGUAUUGCUAGUUUGCUAGGCUCCGGUCAGAGACGGGCAGCAGAGAGCGGUGGGCGCGCAUGCAGCGCAGUGCCCGAGGGAGAGGUUGGGAAACGCCCGUUCAUGCGUCGUCGUGCUGUGCUGGUUGACCGCUCUUGUGAAGUCGAGUGCGCUAGCUCUCCCGAGGUGCCCCACUGA